GAAACCCGAAACAGUCAACAUGGCUGCACACUGCAGUAACCUCAUGCUUCGGCUCGCGAUCAGCGGUGCCGGACGCUCAUUGACGCAGGGGCUGUUCCGACCGUCGGUGCAGCAGGUGCGUUGGGCGAAAAGCAACAAGCACUGGCUUCCAAAAUGGAAGGCCUUGCGACGGCGCAAGGUUAUCAAGAUCAAGCUGCCCGAAUUCGAGGAGAUGCGCCACAGGGACCAGAUGACACCAGAGGAAAUGCGUGCCAAACUAAAGGAGCAAGGUGUGGCCCCCGACCGGCCCUGGAAUGAGCGGCCCAUGGUCAUCAGCUGCUCGGGUGGCGUCUUUGAACCAUACCUUCCUCCUGAGGGUGAUGGGAAAGUGAGCCUCCUGACCAAGGCGGGAGCCGUGCAGCGCAUGCGGCGUCUUGAGAUGCGUGGGAAGUCCUACAUGAACCUGCGGAAGAUCCGCGCCUAUGAGGAUGAAUUUGACCUCGUCGAGUUUGCUGAUGUGGCCCAGGAUAUCUACAUAGAAGCCCACAAGGCACUUGCUAACCGAGAUGAGGAAAAGCUUCAGGACCUUGUGACCGAGCACUGUUACCCGAUUAUGAUGGAGAACAUAGAGCGCAAGACACUGCGGUGGCAGUUUGUGCGCAGCCUGGAGCCCCCGCGGGCAGUUCACGUGCGGUGCACCGACAUGAUCAGCAAGGAGAACUUGUUUGGCCAAAUAACCAUGCGAUUCCACAGCCAGCAGACAUUGGCAGUAUAUGAUCGUUUCGGCCGUCUAAUGCACGGAAGCGAAGCAAUAAUCAAAGACGUUUUGGAGUACGUAGUCUUCGAGAAGCACAUUUCAAAUCUGUAUGGCACGUGGCGUCUACACUCUAAGAUCAUCCCUGACUGGCAACCGCCAAAGGAACCCAUGAGGAAGACAUUUGUCAAGCCAAAGCCAAAGGAGCAGCCAGAGGAAGCUCCUGGUGCGGCGGAGACAACUACCACCACUGUAACAGAAACCAGGCCACCCCCACCAUCACAGUCAUCACAACCGUCCGGUGAAACGUUCGCAACAGCGUGAUACGUGCUUAAAGAGAAACUUGAGCAACAAGCAGCUUCUUGAACUUCUAAAUAGACUGUGUAAUU